CUCAAAUCUAAUUAGCUGCAGUUUCUUUGUAGUUUCUACUUUGAAGAUCAUCGAUCAUCAUGGAAGAUAGUGCUGUGCAGCUGCUUGUUUACAGCGACGAAGAGUUGAAUCAUCUCAUCCUGCGCUCGUCACCUGUCCCUGUAGAUGAGAUAUUUGAUAGUAGCGUCGGAAUAAUCUCCUCCUCAUUUGUAGCCAAAUACGUAUCAACUCGUCGCUCCCGUGUACCUGCGGACGAAGUGUCCGCGAUGAGACUGGCCGAAUCGAUGGGAAUUCGUGUGCCACAGAUCCACCGCAUCGUCCCAGCGAUGAAUGUCUAUAGCACUGGUGGGCAAUACCUCAUCAUGACCCAACCGACUCUUGGCUGGUGGCCGACCUUCAGGCUUGCGUUACAAUUGAGGCGAUACCUCAAAGCUAUGCGCCAGCGUACCUCUCUAACUGCUGGAGGCCUCGUCUCAGGCUCUGCUUUCUGCCAUUUCUGGGAUUUUGACUCGUACGGCCCAGAGCUCCGAGCGUCACCCGAAAACUUGAGGGAGUACAUGAACUGGUGGAUCCUCCAUCUGCCACCAACCAAACCUCGACAGGAUCUUGAAAUCAAACCAUUCUCUAUGUUCAUGUUCUCUCAUAUAGACCUGCACACGCGGAACAUGAUGGUUGAUGAACAAGGACAACUGUGGCUGAUUGAUUGGGGUUCGGCAGGCUUUUAUCCUCCUUUCUUUGAGCGGGCGGCUUUGCGGAUUGCGGGAUGGUUUCCCUCGGGAUGGAUGGGCCGUAUUAUGGCUUGGAGAUGGAUUAUCUUUCAAUGGAUUUCUGCUGGGUCCAGGCCUGUGGAAGCAGCAUCUCUUACUUGUAUCAAGGCCCGAUCAACAAGACAAGCAGAUGCACGACGGGGACUUCCCAGCGAACGAGCGACACGGGAAGCCGAAAGGGCUCGUAGACGACAGACGAAAUCGUGAAUAGUCUUAAGGCUUUACCUUCUCUCUGACCUUCUUAGCUAACGGAAUGUCAAGACCAUAGAGUGUUUCUGAGAUUAAGCUGCUUUAAACGUCUCAACGGUCUCGCUUACUUGCAGACUUUUCACCGUUCUUAGUUUCAGCUGAGGGCUUGGACAACAAACACGGAUAGUAUGAACAAACU